AUGACUACUGCUAGUAUUCCAGGUAGUGGAAAAACUAUAAUUGAAGAUAAUAUUCUAGAUGAUGAAGAAAUUAUGGUUGAAGAUGAUAAAGAAACUAUAAUUAAAAAAUGCAACGACAACAACUUACCAAAAUUUAAAAUUUUUCGCAAAUUCAUAUAUGUAUUGGCUGCUCUUUGCUAUGUUUCAUACUCGAUUUAUUUAAUAAUCCAACUUGCUACAGAAUACCCAAUGGUUAUUACAAAAUACAAUUUUGUAAACAAUAUAGAUGUCCCGAGUUUCUUUGAAAUAUUACGCUGUGAUACCAAACUUAAUAAUUCAACCAACAUCCAAAAUGGAUGCCAAAAAUACAUUUCUGGCCCUAACAUCACUGAGGGCGGUGGUGAUCAGUAUUGUUGUUAUACCUUCAAAGCCAACAAAACCAUACAGUAUAUACAUGGAAAUCCCGAUGACUUGAACAAGUUAAAAUUUUAUUAUAAGAUCGAUAAUGCAACGGAUGCUGUGAAAGAAAAGAUUGGUGUAGCUUUAAUUCAAAUAAGAGUUUCUUCACCUGACUUACUGGAUGUCAGUGAAAUGGAUAAAGCUGUUCGAUCAAGACUUGAACUUGACUGGAACUUUAUGCCUGGAAUAAUAGGACACGUUUCAUUGAUCAAGUUCAAGACAAGUAUAUAUAAAAGCAUACCACCUUUGGACGUUUCUGCCAUCAUUGGACUUGGGCCCAACUAUGCAAUUACUCCGAGAUAUGAUUGCAUAGUCAAUUAUUUUCCCCUUAACCAGAAUCCACCUGUACCAGAUGGAACCAAUGGCUAUUUUUCAGUUGCUGCUGGGGAUUUUGUACAAGAAGAAAUUUCUGAAAAACGGCAACGUAACAAAAGUUUGGAUACGUGGGGUUUUGCAAGAAGAAUUGCAGUGAAUCCAUGGUAUUUGAAAGAUAUUUUGGUAAAUUUUGGAUAUACAAUGAUAGGAAGACGACCAGAAAGUAAAACAAUCAUUUUAAAUGAUGAACAGUUAAAAGCUGCAAUUCCAAGAAAAUUCUUGGAUACUUCAUUUUUUUCAAAUUCUCAAGGUUAUAGUAUUUUGAUAGAUCCUCGAGAACCUUAA